GACUCAACCUACGAUGCAGCAAUUGCUGGCGAAUCCGCCAAAAGCCCAAUGGCCCCAUGACCAUGACAUAACAAAACGCAUAGAUAAGGCUAUCAUGGAUUAUAUAUUAGUUGACAUGCAGCCUUAUAACACUGUGUCAGGAAAAGGAUUUAAGCGCUUAAAUUUUGCGGACCCUGCAGGACCAAAAAAAUAUAAAUUGAAAUCUGAAAAAUUUUUUCGCACCCAACUAAUGCCGGAAACUUUUGAAAAAGUUAAAACUAAAGUAGUCAAUUUGCUAUGUGAGGCCGAGUGGAUAAGUUUUACUACAGACAUUUGGUCAAAUCCUACUAAAACUUGUUCACUUCUGAGUUUUACGGCCCAUUUUGUGCACAAUGAACAACGACCAAAAGUAAUCUUGGGUGCAUCAGUUUUAGAAAAUGACCACACGGGCGACUAUAUCUCCGAGAAACUGAAAGAAGUAGUCGAAGAUUAUAAUAUAGGCUCUAAAAUCCACCUUGCUCUUCGCGAUAAUGCUGGGAACAUGGCCCGUGCUACAAGGGUUGCGGAGUACGAUUCGUUGGGCUGUGUGUCUCAUACACUACAACUGGUGAUUCAUGACGCAAUUUUAUCGGUGCCAAACAUAAUAACAAUACUAAAAAAGUGUCGUAAAGUAGUCGGACACUUUCAUAGAAGUGAGCAGGCACGGAGGUAUUUAAAUACUUUCCAAAAAACUUUAAAUUUACCAGAACACACCCUAUUCCAAGACGUGGAAACACGUUGGAACAGCACGUACUUAAUGUUGUCACGGUUGAUUGAGCAAAAAAAUGCGAUUAAUCUAUACCGUGUCGAAAGGGGCUCAAUCAAUGAAAUUAAUAACGAAGAAUGGACGACGAUGCAAGAUGCUGUCAGUGUAUUGGAAUGUUUUUAUGAGGCCACAUUAGACAUGUCGUCAGAUGCAUCAUGUGUCUCCUUGGUGAUACCUUUAGUAGCCAUGUUAAGUGGAAAACUUGCGUCAACUAGCGGGCAAAGUCAGUUUGUAGCGUCGGCAGAUACUGCAAUGUCAGCAGAUAUAGAAAACAAUGAAAGUGAUGCUCUUCAAAAUUGUGCUGCUGCUGAGAUGAAAAGCAAGUUGUUGUGCUCACUCAAUCAUCGCUUUUCAUUCAUACGAACAUCGAGCCCCUUAAUUUGUGCAACAUUGUUGGAUCCCCGAUUCAAAACAAAAUAUUUGACCGAAAACGAGGUAAACGGAGCCAAGACUAAAAUUUUUGAAGUUUUACAAUUAGGUACACCGGCAGGACUUGGAGAGCGUCAGGGUGGAGCGUCAACUUCAGUUAGAUCCGUCAAUGAGACAAGUUUGUGGGCAGCUCACGACUCCAUCGAGUCUGAUGACGACCCAAUGACGGACAACUCACUUGAAUCGUCACUUGACAAUUAUCUGAGAGAGCCAAGGCUGCAUAGGAAUGCAAAUAUCUACGAAUACUGGCAUUCAUCGCCUUACCAACUCCUGCGCCCUGCAGCAAAAAAAUUUUUGUCGGCUCCACCAACAAGUGUGGCUAGCGAACAGCUUUUUAGCAGGGCUGGUCAAUUGUACGACGAGCGGCGUCACAAUUUAACUGGCCACAACGCUGAAAAGUUAUUGUUUUUGUGCUAUAAUAUAGAACUAUUUAAUUUUGAUUAUUAAUGUCUUUUCGUCGUCUUUUAUCAGACCCACUUGCACCAACCAGAGUUAAAAAAAUAAAUGGUAAACCUCGCAUUUACUUUUCAGUUUCGUACAUGGCGUGAUGAAUCCUAAGUUAGCUGUUUAAUUUUUUAACCCUGGUUAGCGCAAGUGGGCCCGAGAAGAGUUUUGUAUGUUUUUAGUCAGUAUUUAUGAAAAUACAGUUUUUUUUUGCAAAAUACGUAUUUUUUCUUUCUUUUCUCAAAUUCUCGGUCUCGGUCUCGGCCGAGAAUUUCAUUUUGUCUCGGUCUCGGUCUCGGUCUCGGCCGAGACAAAAAAAGUGUUCUCGGUCGGACCU